GACUGUUAUUAGCCGCGAAGCUAAUUAGAGCUGUCAGCUAAAUAUCCAAAACAGACAUGUUUAUAAGUUUAUUUCUGUCUUUUACCAACACUAUAAUUCAACAGAUCAUCAGAUUAGCAAGCAAACCUGUUGUGCAAUCAGUUAUCUCGGUGGUUUUUCAUCUGUUUCCUGUUUUUAAUACCGUUUGUUGUGAUGCACACUGCUGACUAAGGCGGGGGCUUCAGUAGAUAUGACACGGAGUAUGGAGGAAGACUCUCUGGUGGAUGGACCUCUGAUCUCCGCUGACGCCCUUCACUCCGCCAUCAGAAGAGAGUUUCAGACUCUACCGACACCGUGCCACGCCUGCCUGCUGUCGCUGCUGCACGUCGUUUACGUCGCGUUGUCAGUGUGUGUUGCAGUGCUGUGUGUGUUGAAAUUCGGCCAAGAGGAGCUAUGUGCCAAUAUUUUGGGAAAUGUGCACGGUGACAGCGUCAUCGUGUUCGGGAAGGUGUGUUUAUGGUUGCUGGUGCUGCUGUUCACCGGCAGUGUGCAGCAGCAUCACAGUCGAGCCAGAAGCAGAGGAUACCUGCGAUUCUACAGACAGACGCAGGGGCUGAAGACCCUGCCGCUCGCCGUAUACUCCACAGGAAACGUGUUGCUGUUGGUUGUUCUGGCUGCUAGAAUGUCACCAGCUGUGCAAACCUACAUGCUGCUCAGCGUUCUGGGGUUGGAGCUCUUGGUGUCUUUGCCGUGCGUCAUCUAUUACACAGUCCAAGUGAUGCGGUUCAACAGAGAGCGAGCCGCACCGGACGUGAGCCAAGAAGAAGUUUCACACAACUACAGUAUCACAAGCCUGCCGACUGAGACUGGCUUCAGAGAGGGCUCCAAUCUGGAAGAGGUGGUGGAGAAACAGGCCGACCUGAUAGAGUACCUGAAACAGCACAACACCUUACUGAGCAAGAGGCUGCUCAACCUCACUGCUCAGCACUGACCACGGUCUGACCUCCUCCUCCCUCUUCGGAGAAAGAGCUUAAUGAUUUUAACACCCAGUUCUCCAAAGAAAACACAAAGGAGAGAGAGUGACGGGAUCUGUGAGUUUGAAAGAGGGGACUAAAGAGAGAAGUAGAAGAAGAAGAAGCACUGGAGUAAAGACUAAAAGUAAGGAAAUCCCUGUGUACACGCAAGCACCUGUACGCACAGACAGAGACGGGAGGCAUCCUCACCUGAGAUGGACAGAUAACGCAGGAGGAGGUGAGCUGAAAGUGGAGGACAGUUAAAGAAUCAAGGUGGGAGGAGGAGGAGGAGGAGGAGGAGAGGAGUCAUGGGUCACAGAUCAGAGGUGAGGGGUUUUUAUCACUGUGUUACGACCCCAAGUGACCCACGUAUGCUGCUGCUUGUGUUACUGUGAGAAACAGAGGAGGCGAAAUUGUUUUAGAGAUCAUCUGCACUGAGGAGGAACUGAAGGAGUAGGAGAUACGGGAGAGAAAGGCUAUCAGGGUCAGCCAGAGAGAAAGAAAGAGAUCAAAUAACGUUGUAAAAUGUCUGCAAGUGCUGUUUUAUCUGUCUGAAUGUGUGUACGUGCAUGUGUAAAGGCUUUAUUUGUCGAGUUUUUUCUAUCUGUGAAAUCACCGAGUGUGUUUAUUUGCGAUUUGAUUCCAAUAAAUCUUAAAUCUUC